AUGGAGCAACAAGUUCCCAUUCAUUCUUCUUGUGUGGAACCUUAUAAAUGCCGAAAAUUGACUGUUCAUGAAAUAAUUCAUUUAUUGUUGCGUCCGCAUAAAUGCGACAAAUGCGAGAAAACUUAUAAAACUAAGCAAGCUUUAAGUCGCCAUUAUCAACGUCGACAUUCUGAUUCCGAGAAACCUUAUAAGUGCAAAGUAUGUGAUAAACGUUUUACUACAAAAUUCGAAGUAACUAACCAUGAAGCAGUUCAUUCAUCGUUGCGUCCGUAUGAAUGCGACAAAUGCGAGAAAACUUUUAAAACUAAGCAAACUCUAAGUCGCCAUUAUCAACGUCAACAUUCUGAUUCCGAAAAACCUUAUAAGUGCAAAGUAUGUGAUAAACGUUUUACUACAAAAUUCGAAGUAACUAACCAUGAAGCAGUUCAUUCAUCGUUGCGUCCGUAUGAAUGCGACAAAUGCGAGAAAACUUUUAAAACUAAGCAAACUCUAAGUCGCCAUUAUCAACGUCAACAUUCUGAUUCCGAAAAACCUUAUAAGUGCAAAUUUAAGAAGUGUAAUAAAAGUUUUUAUGCAAAAAAGAAAUUGACUGUUCAUGAAAUAAUUCAUUUAUUGUUGCGUCCGCAUAAAUGCGACAAAUGCGAGAAACCUUAUAAAACUAAGCAAGCUCUACGUCGCCAGUAUCAACGUCGACAUUCUGAUUCCGAGAAACCUUAUAAGUGCAAA